GCAGAGUACCAUCAGAGAAUUUUAGAAGGGAGCGUGGCAAAAGGUUACUGGCUGGAAGGCAAACCACUUUGCAUUAAGGAAUUGUUUUUCUCUGUACAGCUGCUUGGUGAGUUUUCUUGAUAGCUUCUCAUUAACAUACCUAAGACAAUUCCUGAAAAUCCCAUGGGAGCGUUAUACCAAUCAAACAGGUAUCAGACUGGAAGUUUCUCUGGCUGUAUGGCAAAGGUCUGAGUGCGAUCACAGUAUUUAUUUGCUAACCAUGGUAGAUAGACACCCAAAACCCUACUGAGGUAUCGUGAUUCCAACAGUGAAAAAAGCAAGGCCAGUGAGAAGGCUCAGAUCUGUCAAGAUGGUCCUAUAAGUGCUCCCCAGUGUGUUAUCUGACUGCGCCUUACAUAUCACUGUCUCCAAUCACAGCUUAAUAACUGGUCAGGUGACAGGUGUGAAUAAUUAAUUUCCCAUGCUUAUGACUAUGACUUUGCAGCACUUCUCUCGUAAACUACAGCACACACAGAAAAUGCAGGUUUCAGGGGAUAUUUCCUGCUGGUUGAGAUCAGACCGUGUCUUUGAGAGAGUCGCCAAACUGUUGCCGAGCCUACUGGGAGCACGGCUUGACAAGCGCAAUGUGUUGCGAAGACGCAUGCUGAAUCAGAUAUCAGGCUAGCACUGCACGCCUGAGUGGGGUUGAGUGUCGGCUCACUGAGCACAAUUAACACACCCUCUUAGUUGCACCGAAGACUUUAAUUAAACACUCCUGAAGACCAUCAUUCCCUACAACUCCACUCCCUUCUGGAUCAAAUAUGAGCUUAGGCUGGCCGCUACGAAUCAACACAGCCAUCUUGCAGAAUCUCAAAGAGUCCAGACUGCUGUUUGGCAGAUCAGUGGGGAUAAGGUGAAUUUUUGGAUGCUUGAAAAUUGGCAAAGGCAGAUCUAGAAGCAAGAGGUAGGGGAGUGCUUAAGGUCGUGGCUUUGCAUAUAGAAGACCUGAAAGACCUGGGUUUAAAACCCUACUCCUGAAGUUGUAUUGUUGAGAAAGACUUGCACCCAGAAUGGUUCCAGUAAGAAUUAGCCAGGUGUAUAAUUGGCUAAGAGUUCUUUGGAGCAUCAUGUAAUUGACUAAAGGGUGUGUAAUCUAAAUUAGCUCACUGAUGAGAAACAAUGGUGAUCAUGGAGACACUACCGAGAGGAGCUUUAGUUCUAAAUGUGGAUUGUGUCUCAGUUCUUGUGUCUUUCCUCAUUCUCAUUUUUUUGUAUUCUCCCCCCUUUCUGUCUCUCAUCUUUGCCUCCCAUCAUGCCACUCUGCACUCUUGCCUCCCCUACCUGCAGGGUACCGCUGCUUCAAGGCGGUGAUGUUCCUGACUGGCCUCAUGUUUGGCUCUGUGGUCAUCUUCAUGCUGUGCUACAAGGAGCGUGUGCUGGACACUCAGCUGAGUGUGGAGGCCAGCGCGGGCAUUGGUCUGGGCAUCGGUGUGCUGUGUGGCCUGGUCACCAUGCUGGUUCGUAGCGUGGGCCUCUUCAUGGUCGGCCUAUUGCUGGGUCUGCUGGUGGCCGUGGCGGCACUGGUGGUCAUGGAGGAGUUCCACCACCCUCGCACGGUCUGGGUUCCCCUGGGCGUGCUGCUGGGAUCCGGCAUGCUCUUCGCCGUGCUCACGCUGCAGUGGCAGCGCUGCUUCACCACGCUCUCCACGGCAGUCUUUGGCGCCGCCGUUAUCACUGUCGCCGUGGACUACUUUGCGGAGCUCUUUGCGCUGGUGCACUACGUGUAUGAGCGCAUCAAGGUGGCACCGGCCCGACGCGUGUGCUGGUUCACCUGGGUCAUCCUGGGGGUGUGGCCUGUAUUGACACUGCUUGGAGUGCUCAUCCAAUGGAAGGUGACUGCGGAAGGCUACUCCCACACUGAGGUGAUCAUCAGCCGCCAGCAGCGGCGCGUCCAGCUGAUGCGGAUCCGCCAAAAGGAGGAGCGACGGGAGGGAAGGAAGAAGAAGAAGAAGAAACAGCAGCAGCACCCCCACCACACGCACCCACCGAAACCGCUGUACCCCGAGCCCGCCUACCGCAGGAAACCCAACCCCAUCCGUCGCUUCGAUGGAGACGUGCUCUCCCCGAGUUAUAUCCAGAGUUUUCGAGACAGGCAGGUGGACAUCCAGGAAUACCCCCAGGGGCGCCUGAUCGGCGCAGGCCACACCAGCAUAGACAUGGACUAUGACUGCGGUUCCACUGUGCCGCUGACAGCUGCUGCGGGGCAGGCCAUGAGGGUGUGACUCUGCUCCCGACUGGCCUGGUUGUUCACGACUGACUCUAGUCUCCUGAUGAAAGUUCUGGGUGAAGAUCGCUCAAAGCCUAGCUUUCCCAGUUCCUUGUUCCCACGAUGUUGACCUCUCCCUCUUCUGCACUCUCUCAGUACUCGCAGUCCUCCCCCCUCAACCCCACAGGGUGGCAAAGGGACAGCAGCGUGUACCAGGUCUCCUGCCAUGCCUCUGUUUUGAACGAUGCUCCCAUUUGAGACAAGGUGCUACAUUUCACUCGUUGCAUUCUGUUACAUCACUUAUUAGCAGCUUCCUGCCGCCGUUUCCCGCUUCCUCAUGAGUGAAGUUCUCCUGAGGGGAGCUGGUGACUUGGGGAUCAUAGGGCCUGUGGCUGACGCCGUCCUCACUGCACAUGUCCUUCAUCUCCAGGCGUUAUUACCUUGUUUUGGAGCUAAUGAUGUUAGGUCAUUAUGAUAAUUUAAUUUAUUUUGUUUCAAUUUUCAUUUGGGGACCCCCCCAUUACAAUUUGCCAGUUUGCCAUAAUAUUUGAAGGUUAGUUAAACAUAAUCAAAAAAAGUCUCCACUGACAGAUGCAUUGUUUCUGUCUGUAACAUGCAGUGGUAUUUGCUUUCGAACCCAGGCGCUGCUUUGUGGUUCCCGAAUAGUCUGUUGAUUCUCAGCGUAACUGAACGAGAAAACGCGAUCAAAAAAGGGAAAUGAGAGAACACCUUCUGGUGUGAAAGUGUAGACAAAUGUAACACUACCUUUUUUUGUUUGUCCAGGAGAAUUCUUACUUGGGAAUACAGAAAGAAUUUCAUUUACAUGUAUUAUUUGUUGUUAUUUCUUCAGCCCUUACCCAAUUGGGCAAGGUAAUUUGCAUUUUUAUGUUGUUACACUUUUACACGGUCUCAGUUUUUACACGUAUCCUUUUAUGAAGCUGGUUGUUUCACACAAGUCAGGUGAUGCGAUCUGCUCAUGGAUACAAACAGCACUCCCAGCCUGGGAUGUGAUCCUACAGCCCCCUGUCACUGAUCCUGUUCUUCAGCAAUUAUCUCCACCACCCCAGACCCAGAUUAUGUUGCAGUGGGCACCAGUUUGUGACACUAAAGUAGCCUUUUGCUUCCAUUUAGAGAAGAAAGAAAAAUGAGAAAUCGGAACCAUUUUGCAAAUCUCUGCUGUGCUGUUAAGUCUGCUGCAGUUUGUCUCAGGAAUUCGUCCUCUAAGGUCCUGUCCGUAAUGCCUUUUGUUGAGGGAAAAGGUGUGAGGUGUGGACCAGCGAGGAGUAGUGUUGACUGUGGGUAAAGGAACCGCGGAUGUGAUGGAGCGAACUGGAACAUAAAAGAAGUGCCAUUUUUACGUCUCGACGUUUGUUCCGAGUUGGGAGGACUGAUGCGGAACCCACAAGCCGCAGCACCUCCUGCAGAUAGGGGGUGGUACAGCACGUCCUGGGUGUGUGUGCAUGGGUAUUGGUGUGCAGACUUGGUGAACCAUCAAGGCUGCGUGGUGCUGGGAGGAGGAUUGGCAACUUUCCUUCGAGACUGUGGAGACCAAACAGAAACAGCACAAACCCCCCCCCCCCAGACCUGUAAGAGGUCCCCUGUCCUGCUUAUGUCUCCCGCCUUACCAGCACCCCAGUGCACGACUGCACGGCCCCAGGGCCUUUCCUCCCGUUUGUACAGUGAAAGUCUGGAGGCCUCGGACAGCUGUUGACGUGUUGCAGGAUGACAGUCGGAGAGACCCACGCUUUUUGUGAAGCACAUGUCACGUCUUCAUAAGCAUUGUAUGGCCCGCUCUAAAUACUGUUAUAUUGUCAAUCCUCUUCGAUUUACCAAUUUAUUGAUUGUAAUUUUGGCCUAAAAUGAGUGUCCUUAAAAAAUGUCUUAUUUAUUUGCUUUAAUAAUUGCUUAUGAUUUAUUUGCACCUUUUGGUCUUAAAUUGUGUUAGAUUGUGGGGUUUUCUGGAGCGGUUUGGUAAGAAAUGCUGCAGUAAGGCAGUGGAAGCCUUAACCAGCGAACCCUCCUUUUUUUUGCUCUUAGCUUGUUUUGGUUUUUCAUCAAAGGUCUAUAACCCGUCUAACCCUGAGACACAGAAAGUGAACCGCUUCGGGUUGUUUGACCGAGACGGUAUUACAGAUCAGAAGGGCACAUUGCUAGGAUUACACUUGUAAUCCCACAAUUGUGUGUAUUUUGUUACUAUUGAUAUUUCAUAAAAAACCCAGUGCUGUUAUGAGAGACCAUUUUGCAGCUAGUGGGAUAACAGGUUAGAAAAUUAGGCUGUCUUACUCUAUAUUUUAUCAUGAUGAAUAUAUGCCCCAUCACCAAAUUUUAAUUUAAAUCUAUAACCUUCAGUGACCUUCUUAAAGGUAUAUGCACUAGUGACUUAUUAUUAUUAUUAUUAUUAUUAUUAUUAUUAUUAUUACUGUUGUUAUUAUUAUUUAGAAGCAUGUCUUUGUAUGGACCUGGAUAUGACAAGCAAUGUAAUUAUAACUCAUUUAGCCAUUUAGUUUGGUGCCCCAUAUCCUCUGGUUUGCUGUCGCAAUUUCUACUAAAGAGCGUUUGCACUCGUACACCAGGACUUUUCAGUCUGUGUAUAUACAUAUAUGCAUCUGACAGCAGCAGGCUGUACGUAGACGCAGGUUUGCCUGAAAUUUCUAUCGGAGCUCAAGAAGUAUGUGUGAAUGUAUGUCUCUGUGUAUUUGCGUGCUUUUAAUUUAUUCGGUUACUGUGUGUUCACCCUCCCUACAACUGCUGUGCUUAAAUGACCUGUUUUAAAGUGUACUGCAAAUAUGUUUUCAAUAAAUUAUUUGCUGACA